GUACAGUCAGUGCUUUUUCAUUCACUACCAGUUCUGUUGUCUCUUUACCCGGUGCUUGUUGUGGACGGCGUGGUUCUCAACAGAGGACGGGGCCCCUCGCUAUAUUGCUAACGGCGUUACUAUAUAUCUCUGACAAACAACCAAAUCUGUUAAUUAAUUAAAAGGAGGUGAUACCCAGAGUAAUUACAAGGCGAAUUAAAUUUUCUAUCCCUGAUUACUGCUGCAAUUUUGUCAGUCUUUGCAAGCUGCUGAAGCAAGGAAAAUACUUGUAAAAAUUCGUUAAAAUAUAAUACAAGGACUAUCUACUAAUGCAUUCAUAAGAAAGAACCAAAAUGUCACAACUAGAUUCACUCGUAGACCUUUCAGAAUCCCAACCAAUGACAGAAUCAACCGGCAAUAUGGACGAGUUUGACCCUUUGUGUCCAACGUCAAAUACGGAAGCUAAAGAUGUUGACGGAGGACUGUUAGUCGAUCUGAGUGUGGAAACCCAGGAAAAGCCAAAAGAAAACGGUAUUUCAAAUAAUUUUGAUACAGAUUAUGAGGUAAAAGACGACGAAGACAUGUCUGAAUUAAACGAAGGACACAUCUAUGCUAACAGUGAGCCCCUUGCUCAUCCCGUGUAUGAGAAUGUCAGUGUGAAUGGUAAAGCGGACAAUGACGAUACAUACGAAAAUGUUAUGAAAGAAUCGGGUGAUGGUCAGGAGAUAAGUGUUACACUCAAGACUGAAGAAUCCAGUCCUUUGUAUGACACUUUACCUUCCUUGAAGAAAGAAAUCGAUAACAAUAAUGACGAAGAUGAUAUCGUCGUUGUUUCUGAUACAAUGGAUGAGAUGGUGGUUCAUGAUAUUGAAAAAGAAAGCAAACCAGCAGAGGAGGCUGCUUCUGAAGUGACAGAAGAGGAUAAUGCCAUCGAAGCUGAAGUCGAAAUAGAAAUUCCACAAACGCAGGAGGAAGAACAGCGCAAGUCUCCAUCUCACAGCCGCAGCGAUAGUGCUAGUCCUACGGAGCGGCCUGCAAGCCCGACUCCAGCUAGCGAUGAAGAACCACAUGAACGAAAUGUCUGUCAUAGCCCCAGCCCAAGUAUGUCCGAUGAGGAAACUGCUAACAUAGCUGCUACUUCGGAAGAGAAUGAUAGCGAAACACGCCGUGACUCGAUGCACAGCCCAGUCCCGACGCCAACUCCUAGAAAAAGGACGAGUUUGUGUCAUGGUAAAAGCCCAGAAUUCGACAUUAAUAAAGAAGCGUGUCGAAGUCCUAGUCCUAAGGAACCUAGUAUCAGCUCUGAAGGGAGAAAUACACGUAGCCCAAGUCCCGAUGACAUGAUUAUACACCAGGAAGAGGAAAUCAUCAAAAACGGAGAAUCUCAGUCAAUGUCUAAUACAAAUGCCACCUUCACUGAAACCAGAUGUGACCCUAACUUCAACGCUGUUGAAGCCGAUUCUAUGGAACCGAUUUCUCCAGAAAACCAACAAAGGAGAGACAGCGAUGAAAGCUAUAGAGUUAUGGUGGGCAGGACUGAAGCUGGCAUUUUUGAGAGUCAACCAGUUGUUCUAGAUGGAGUUGUCCGUUACCAUGAUUCUGUUGGUGAGGUUAAGCUUCCAGAAGAAGGUACUGCUAGAAAUUUGGCUCAGAAGUUCAAGGAAUACGAAAGUGAAAGUCUGAAACCAGUUAUUUCCAGUACUACACCAGUUUCAAUUAGGUGUGAACAAGAUAAGACUGAAUUUAUCUCAGAACCGAAAACCCAUAUUGAAACUUACGAAGGCAAACCUGAUUUAGGAAUCUUUGAAAGUCAACCUUCAGCUCUCCCUGAAGACAUUACACCUGGGUUUGUGAAACCUGAUGAGAAGUUGCCAGAAAGGGGCACAGCACAAAAUCUGUUGGACAAAUUUAAAGAUAUUCAAAAAUCUUCAAGCGAAGUAGUGGUCAGUGGUCAACCAGAUUUAACUCCUGAUCUGUCUUCCAAAACUGAAUUUGUCUCAGAACCACGCAGUACGUUUCAACCAUAUUGUGGUACAACUGAAAGUGGUAUCUUCGAAAGCAAACCCGUCUAUGAUCCAAAUGUUAUCCGUCCUGAAGAAGUGGACACCGAAGACAUCUUGCCAGACGAAGGUACAACUAAGAAUCUGCUUGCUAAGUUUUCAAAAUUACGAGAAGACAAACCUUUUGUUUCGAAACCACCCAUCGACGUUAUUACUGCAAAAGAAGCUGGUCCAACCAUUGCUGAAAGUCAGCCAGUUGUCCUCAGUGAUGUUUUCAAAGAAACCGAUGUUGCAGAGGAGAAACUGCCUGAAAGUGGCCAAACAAGAAGUCUUUUAGCAAAGUUUCGAGAAAUUGAAAGUGGAGCUGGAUCCCAGUCCCCCUCUCCUCGAAGUCGCAAGGAGUUUACUCCGCCACGUGAGGAUCCUCGUGGGUUUAACACAGAAGCUGCUGUGAGUGGUGUCUAUGAAAACACUCCGAAAAAGGGUUUAGAAUAUGAACCCACAAAAAUAGAAGGAGGAAUCUUUGAGAAUCAACCUGUCAACCGGCAAGAUGUGAUAAAGGAAGCUGACACAGGUGGGGAAGCUCUUCCGGAAAAGGGAACAGCACGCAGUCUUCUGUCGAAAUUUAGCAAAAUCGAAAACAAUGCGCCCAACGCAACUUCACCAAGAUCUUUAAAAGAAUUUACUCCUCCCAGAGAUGACCUUCCAGUUAAAUCUACAGCUGUAACUAGCAAAGCAACUUCAGAGAACGAACCUCAAUAUCGGUCUGAUAUCUCCAGGGAAGCUGAUACUGAUUGGAGUGAGGGUUUACCAUCGAAGGGGACAGCAAAGAGCGUUGUUGAUAAAUUCCGUAACAUCCAAGAAGAAGCCAAAAAAGAUUUGGCCAAAGGAAUGCCCAAAAAGGGCAUAAAUUUUCGACUAUCAUUUGCCAAAAGACGAAAGGACAAAGGGAACAAAUUUGCACCUGUCCACGUCGAGAAGUGUGCUGCAUGUGAAAAAACAGUUUACGCAAUGGAACGCGUUGAAGCCAACAAAAACAUCUACCACAGAAGCUGCUUAAAGUGUUCACACUGCAAUACCAAGUUGACCCCAGCAAAGUUCGCCGUUAAUCAGGGUAUCAUGUACUGCACACCUCACUUCAAGCAGCUUUUUGCACAGAAGGGCAACUAUGAUGAGGGAUUUGGAAGACAGCAGCACAAGAAACGUUGGCUUAGUGAACCAAACCUAGCUGGUCGGAACCAAGGGCCAGAAGAGACAUCCUGUCAGAGUUAGCUACAGCUGUAAAUUCUAUCCUGUUUCUUUCACUUCUUGCAGUGACAUUAAACAGUUUUUCAACCAAAACAGAGCAUCAAAAUAGUAUUUUAUCCCACAAUUACUAGGACUGUGCUCAAUUUUUCUUUUUAUUCCUUCCCCCACCCCUAUCCCCACUUUUUUUUUUUUUUUUUAACAACUUUUUGUUUUCAAACUUAUUGUUUGAAAAUUUAGUCAGACUGAGAAUUUCAUGUGAUUUUACUACCUUCUAAAUAGAACAAAUUUUAAACAAGAUUUCUUCCAAUGUUGCCUCCAUGACAGAUACAAACAAAAAAAAAAUACCUUGCCCAUUCUUCUUCACGAACAAACUAUUUUUAAAUUCUUUAUUUAUUUUGCUCAAUAUUUAUCCUAAUUGCAAGGUGCUACAGUCUUCUUUUUUUUUUUCUCUUUUUCUUUUUUUUUUUUCAAUAUUACAACUAUUAUUUUCUCUCGUCAAAAACCCUUGCUUUUUGCAGACAGUUUCUCUCUAUAAUAGUCUACACUAAACCUACAGUCUUUCCUUCUUUCCUUUAAUAUUACAAGCAGUAAAAAUUAGAGAUAUUUCCUUGUCUCCUUUUUAUAAACUUCAUAUUAUCGACCUAGGUUGCACAUUUUUAAUGAUUAACACCAGUUAUCUAAUUUAAAUGUUUUAUUAUAGAUAUUUUUCAGAAAUAUUUGAGUAGAUAACUUCUUCCUGUUAUUCAUUAGAUGCCGAAUCUAAUUGUUAUAUAAAUUACCUGUAAAAAUAAUAAACAACAUCCAUAAAAGAAAUACGUAAACCUUUGAAACUUAUCCUUUUUUUAAUGAAGUAAUAAUAAUAAUAAUAAUAAUCCGUAUGUUAUUUUUAACACAGUUCUUCUCCCUUGGCUAUGUCAACGACUAUACUUGAGUAGUAUUUCCUAUGUCACUCCUUUUGGUUCUCAUAAAAAUGUUUGCCCUGCCAAUGCGCACAGCUGAUAAAAUAUUACCAUCUUGGCUUUUUUUAAAAUAAAAAAAACAAAAAAACAAAACAAUCACAUUAACGAAAAAAAAUACUUUAGAGUUACCAUUCUCACUGAACAUACAUAACACUAGCUUUUUGAGUCUUUGCCCUUUUUUUUAUGUUAAUUAAUAUUUUACAUUCAUUAUUUUGAAGACAAAAAAAUAACAGAAAAAAAAUUGUAUCAUUUUUUGCUGCUCUGCUUCUCUGAAGCAAACACACAUUCGUAUCAAUUGACUUUUGAAAUUUUAACCUUGACAAGUAUUAAUAAAGCUAAACUGCUACAAAAUGUUGGCAGCCUGAUCUAGAUAUGUCAUGUGACUGCUCUGCUUUCUCUCUCAGCAUUUCAGUUUCUGUUUUUUUGUUUGUUGUUUGGGGGCUUUUUGCGUUUUUUUUUUUUUGUUUUUUUUCCCCCUCCAAAUUGUUGUCUAUUUUACUUGUUUCUCUCUCUCUCUCUCUCUUUCUCUAUCUGCAGCUGCAAUAUCAAUGCUAAGUGUUUGUCGUCUUCAUGCCAAUAGCAUCUAUGUUUCUUGUACUCAAAACAUUUUCCUAGUUUGCAUAUUUAAGACAUGAAAAAAGGAAAAAAAAAAAAAACUUAAAUCUCCAAAAAUAUUUUUUUUAAAUGCAAAAAAAAACCAAAAAAACACACAUAUAUAUAUAUAUAUAUAUACACAUACAUAUAUAUACCUUUCUAUCAUGAUGUACUCACAAUCCGAUUACUGAAGCAGAUAAUAAUGACUGCUGUACUUCGAAUUCUUCACAGAGGCCUGAGUCCCUGAUGGUUCUCAACAGAUAAAAUUUCUUUUAUUCUACUUAACAAAAAAAUGUCACUGAUUAAUGCUUGAGCUGCUAUGUACUUUGUUAUUUAGGUCACUGGCACUCUGUAGAUGUUCCCUGGCUGCUGGAAUCACCAUAAUCACAGUAUUUUAUUACGUGUUUAAUAAAGAAACAAAUCUUUGAAACAUAAAUCUUGUAUUAUCUAUUAUUAUUAAGUUUGCAUGUAAAAUACAAAAGAUAUGGAUAUGCGUCUUUUUUCUUCUUCUUUUUUUCCUUUUCCUUUUAAUUUGUGCCAAAAUUUACUCCAUAGACUUCUCUGUCGCCUAUUGAAAUCAUAGUCUUUUUACUGAUGUAUGUUAUGUAUGUCUUGUCUUUGGCUAGAAAAUUGACAUAGAUACUAUAAAUGUCCAAGGAAGAGGAACAGCGCUUGCCAGUUCCAUUUUCCAUGUCUUCCAUCUCUAGUGGUGUUGACGCCACUUUGAAAUUAUAAUAAUGGCGAUGGCUUUUAGCACGUCUGGACGUUGCAAGAAUUAUUCAACCAUUUUGAAAUUCACUGCUGCCAACUAUAUCAUAUAAUUUUAUUGGACUGUUUCUUUCACACUAUAUACAUAUAUAUAUAUAUAUAUGCAUAUAUAUAUAUAUGUAUAUAUAUGUGUAUUCUUUCCUUUUCUUACACCAAAUUAUCUAGCUAAACACAUUUUUCUUUUCUUUUUUUUAUGUAUUUGAAAUAAAGAAAUUUAUUAGACUAUUCCUAUUCCUAUCAUUAUAUUAUUAUUAUUAUUAUUAUUAUUAUUAUUAUUAUUCAAAACAACACACGGACUAAGACUUCUCAAUUGCCAAUGCAACUGGUCAAUUCAAAAGUGAUGGUGCUACAAAAAGAUUUCGGUUGACAAAUAAUACUCAAUAAGUCUUUUGAAAUUGUCUUUUUUUCCUUUUAUAGUUGGCAGCAAACUAACACACUAAUAAUAUCCAAAGAAGACUGAAUUCUUUUACAAUUCUUACUGGCACCAAAGUUAUCUUAUGCUUUAUCUAGCUGCCUCGUUUUUUGUUUUUUUUUCCAAUUUUUUUUUUCUUUGCCUGUAUUUUCUCAUAUUUUGUACUUGUCACAGCUAAUAAAUUAUUGCCUUUUUA